AUGCUCAGCUUCCGCCGCGCCCUUGUGGCCGCGGCAAUCUUCAUCACGAUCCUCUUUUUCACAACACGAUCGACAUCGCCAUCCGCCUCGUCGCUAGCCGUCGAGUACCCAAAAACACAAUCCGACGCCGGCUCCCAUCCGAAGGAGAAUUCGCAAACGACGAAGACCCCCCCGAGCGAUGAGAUCCCCCACGCCGGGGUGAACCGCCCCCGACCGGUCCCCGAGGGGCAGCAGCCGAUACAGGACAUGUCCAAGAUGACGCUGUACGACAAGCUAGCCUACCAGUUCCCCUACGACGUCGAAUCCAAGUUCCCCGCAUACAUCUGGCAGACGUGGAAGUGGACUCCCGCGCACGGCGAGUUCCAGUUCCGCGACCAGGAGGCGACAUGGACGGAGCAGCACCCGGGGUUCAUCCACGAGGUGAUCACGGACCAGGUGGCGGUGCACCUGAUCCGGCUGCUGUACGCGUCGGUGCCUGAGGUGCUCGAGGCGUACGAGGCGCUCCCGCUGCCCGUGCUCAAGGCCGACUUCUUCCGCUACCUGAUCCUGCUGGCCCGCGGCGGCAUCUACUCGGACAUCGACACCUUCGCCAUCCGCAGCGCCGUCGACUGGAUCCCCGACGCCGUGCCGCGCCACACGGUCGGGCUGGUCAUCGGCAUCGAGGCCGACCCGGACCGCCCGGACUGGAAGGACUGGUAUUCCCGCCGCAUCCAAUUCUGCCAGUGGACCAUCCAGGCCAAGGCCGGCCACCCGGUCCUGCGCGAGGUCGUCCGCCAGAUCACGAACCGCACCCUGGAGCGCAAGAAGGACGGGUCGCUGAAGGAGCUCAACAAUAAGAGCGUUAUCGAGUUCACGGGCCCCGCCCUCUGGACGGAUACCAUUUUUGAGUACUUCAACGACGCGAGAUUCUUUGACAUGAGCAAGUCGACGGGGCCGAUCGAUUGGAAGAAUUUCACGGGCAUGGAGACUUCGCGGCGGGUCGGGGAUGUGAUUGUCUUGCCCAUCACCAGCUUCUCGCCGGGGGUGCAGCAGAUGGGUGCUAAGGAUUAUGAUGACCCCAUGGCGUUUGUGAAGCAUGAUUUCGAGGGUAUGGGCUCCUUUGCGUUUUCUAUCUGA